AUGGAUUCCGAGGUGAAGUCCCAACUAAUCACAGGCUGCCUGUCGGAUAAAGUCCGCCAGAAGGGACUCAUGAACUCGGAUAUGUCACUACAUGACUUAAUAAACUAUGCAAGGACAACGGAGACGAUAGCGUCGCACCUACAAACAAUGCGACUGGAAGAAAACAACACCGCUACUGCUACAACCGCCCCAAUAAACAAAGUCGCGGACGAACUGCGCCGACCAAGCAACUAUCCCCGGCAAUACCAGUGUAGAAAUUGCAACGGAAAAUACCCUCAUGAGCGGGGACCGACGUCUUGCCCGGCAUUUCAUACCCAGUGCACAUACUGCGGAAGGUGGGGACACUUCACCUCUGCCUGUUUCAGAAGAUUAAACGACGGAAACAGACAACGGGAAACAAAUCGUCCCCCACGAACACAGACCAAUCGACGCACAGUGAACCGCAUUGAAAACGACCAACGGAACCCACGUAGCAGUGGUAGUGACAUAGAAUACGUGUUCCACACAGCUGGAGCUCGGAACUUGCCACCUCCAAUUGAAAUGGAUACUCCAGCAAACAGGAGUUCAUCUUUAUUUUUGGGGCUUCCCAACCAAAUAAAAGGGCAACUUGAUGAACAAUCACAAACUCUCCACAAAAUCAAUUCCACAGUCCAGAAACUUGAAGCUGAAAACGCUCUUUAUAAACAAGAAUUGAUGACCGCCCACACCAAUAUUCACCAUUGCACGUUUUCUUUCUUUCUUUCUUUCUUUCUUUCCUUUCUUUCGUCCUUUCUUUCGUCCUUUCUUUCUUUCUGUCUUUCUUUCUCGAAUUUGUGCUUCUGUUUCCUUCCAUCCCAAUUUCUUCAGUUCUUUCUAUUUCCCUUUUUUACUCAUUGCAAUUUUUUCUUUAAAUCAAAUUCUUUCUCUUAA